AUGGCCGCUGUCUCCAAGACUUCCCGACCUCCGAACCACGAGCCACAUUCUGACGAGGUCAUCGAACAAUCUCGUACACUCAACACCGCCAACCCCAACCCUACCACCACCACCAAUACCAGCAGUACCAAUCCACGGUCCACCGCUACUACCACCACCACCACCACCGCCGCCGCUCCUCAAUCUGCUGCUGCUGCUACUACUGCCGCCGCUGCUGCUGCUGCCACCACCACCACCACCACUACAUCAUCAUCGACCGAUCCCUACCACGCUGUUCCCGUCUCUUCGGUGAAUCGUCCGCAUUACCGUUCUCACCAACACUCGCCUUCCACCAGUUCUCUCCAGAAGUUUCAACGUUCCGGCGGUCUGUUUGGCUUUGCUGCUGCAGCCUUUGACAAGACGCAAUCCGCUCUUGCGACCUUCUCCUCCUCAGACCAGUCCAUCCGCCAGCGCGCCUCAAGUUCCGCAUUAGGCAGGGCCUCUUUCACCCCCGACUCGGCUUCCGACGUUGCCAGUCUUGGCCCGACAGACAAAUACCCGCGAUACAGGAGUCCCUCCAACUACUCCUCGUCGUCGAACAGCACUCUCAACCACGUAGAGGGCAAGCAUCCAAGCCAGGUGUCGCUGGUACAGGAUCCACCCUCUCAACCCUACACCGAGACCGACCCAAACAGGCCUCUUCCAAUCCGAUUGCCAAACGUAGAGAGCAAGAUGCAUCAAACAUCUUCGCGGCUCCUCCGCAUGACGGAUGAUGAACGCCCGUUCACCAAGGACUUCAAGGAUCUCUUCUCGACACUCAUCGUCAGCCUGCUGCCUUUGUCUGCCCACCGCGUACGAUUAACACGAGUCGAAAACACCUUUCUGUCCGAAGAUGCGAUCAACAACCUCGGCUCCCUCAAGUUCUCCCAGUCCAACCGCAUGCCCGACCCCAAGGACCCCUCCAGGAUAGUCACAACGACAACCACGACGACCUUCUCCAUGGCCAAGGAUAUGGCCCGCUCUAUUUGCCAAAAAUUCCUCGAGGCGAGAUUCAUUGAGUCGGCCGACGGAAAGUACCAGCAGGUGUACAACAUGAAGGGCUCCGUGUGGCAAUUGACCCCCAAGGGCGUCACCGUGCUCGACCGCUUCUGCUCCCGCAACGGCAUUCAACAAAAGUCCAUUUCAGAUCUCGUCGGCGCCACCCUGUCGCAAUUGGUCAUUCUCGAGAGGGAUAGCCAGACUGACAAGCUCAUCACAGACCGUGGCACAAUCGAGGUAAUCUUCAGGAGAUUUAUCGGUACACACGGCCCCAAUGUGAAGGCGAGCGUCAGCUCCGCCGACUCAGAUUCUCUGAGCGAUUACAAGGACGGUCUUACCGGUGUCAAGAUGGCUAGCGAGCGCAAGGUCAACGGCAAGACGUACAAGGAUACGUUCACCGGCAAGGCUGCCACUGAUUGGUUGAUGGACUGUUGUACGACUGUGGACCGACGGGAGACUUACGACAUUGCGUCUCUGUUCGUGGAAUACGACCUGAUGGAGCCGGUCGUACAGGAUCGUGCUCACAUGGCACAAUACCCCAGCAACAACCUGUUCCAACCCACGAAGCACGCCAUCUACCAGUUGACGGCGAAGGGCAAGGACUUGAUCAACGGUGUCGGUCAGCGUGGAAGAACGUCCGAGAGUGAAGCGGCCACCCCGUCUCGCAAUGUCAUCGCGCGAGACUCCAACACGCAGCGUUUGGACAAGAUCCUCAACGAUGCCGCUCUGCGUCUGCUGUUUAGGGAAAACCUGAGAGAAACGCACUGCGAGGAGAACCUGUCUUUCUACCUCGACGUCGAUGACUUUGUCCGGAGCUGCCGCCAAGCGAUCAGAGUCGCCCAGAAGAACCCGAACGCCAACUCGAUGGACGGCAUUAAGGAGAUCAUGGCUCAGGCCUACGGGAUUUAUAACGCAUUCCUCGCCCCCGGCUCUCCUUGCGAACUCAACAUUGACCACCAACUGCGGAACAACUUGGCCACUCGCAUGACCAAGGCCGUCGGCCAGGAUGUCGCCAUGAUCGACACCCUGCAAGAAGUUAUGUCCUUGUUCGAGGAUGCGCAAAACGCAGUUUUCAAGCUGAUGGCUAGCGACUCCGUGCCCAAGUUCCUGAGAAGCCCCAAAUACGAGCACACGCUGAAGAACUACGACUUUGACUCGGUCGGCGGCGGACGUCCUGUAGAACGCAGCACGAGUCGUUCCAACCGCACAUGA